UGUGAUAUGUGCUGAGAACAAUAAUUAAUACCUACAAGCACAUAAAACGAGCAUAGCUAUAUAUUAGAAGGAGCAUAGUCUUGUCAGAGUUUUGCCUUUUGAGGGACUAAAUAACCCAUUGUAAAACAUAUAGCGAAAAGAAUAAGAAUAAUUCCAUACACUUUAUCAUAAGCAAGAUUUGCACUCAUCUUUCACUUAUUUUGAAGGUAUCUUUCUUUAUGAGGUAGAGAAAAGAAUCCUUUUAAAACCUCUUGUAUUCGAUCACAUACAUAUCAACAUUUAAGUACUUUGUAACCCGAUUUCUAGUACUUAUUAUGGAUGUACCAUGCAGUGAAGAACUUGAAGAAGACGAGUUCCCACGACCCAUGAUGACCUCACUAGAAUGCGCAGUCAGUCCUAUUCACCACCUCCUCCUUUCCUAUCCAAUUCCGGAGCUCAUUGUUCCAACACGUAUCACUUCCUUUCAGAAGUCCGCUGACAUUCAUCAUCAGGACGACACGCUUGACAAUAAAAAGCACUCGGAAGCAGAACUUCAGAGUGUCCCUACAUUUUCCAGAGAAGCAGCUGAACCAGGACAAAGUGGUAGCAAUGAAUAUCGGUGGGAACUUACUGAAGUACAAAAUAUGGCACAAAACAUGCAGACAUGUAUCACGGAUCUAUUACGUUCUGGUCAAUGUACACGAUUCCUGCAGGAAGAAUUUCAUAGCGAAUCUUGUGCUGCAGCGUCCAGCACAUCUAUGCCUGCUACCGCUUCUACACCUAAGCAGUGUGAUGAAUCUACCGAUAUCAUCCCCACUGCUUCUGCUGUAUCAUAUUUGGAGAAGCAAGUUACUGAAUCGUUAAUGAUUCAGCUUAGAUCGGCAACCUCCCGAGCCACUACCAUUUCCCGUCCGAGUAGUUUGAAAGAUACUCCAAGUGGUAACUGGACUUCAGGCUCCCACAUGAUACCUCAGCCGCACAAGACCUCAAUGCCAUCUCAACAACAACAGCAGACGUCUCCUGAGGUCGAACCUCUAGUUCGAAAUUAUACGAUAACAGAUUCACUCACAAAAAAACAGAGUGCUUCUCCUAUAGUUGAAGUGAACAUCGCAAGUAAAGAUAUUUUAACCGAAAUGUUAGAAAAUAUGAAUACCCUUUCUGAGGAUGUUACAGGGUUUCUGUCUUUUGCGUACACACCUUCUUUGGGACCCGACUCAUUCAAAGAAGUUCCGAUGGAUAAGUUGUCCUCUUUGGUUUCUGCCUUAGUAGCGGAUGACAAAGCCGAGGAGGGAGGAAGGAACCCGUCAUCCUACCAAAAAGACUGGCUAAGGACCGCACGUGCUAUGUGCUGCAUUACACUCGUGUCCUACACUGUGUUUGAUGUCAAACUGAUACCUGACGGCACAAUUGAACGGCUCAUUACUAUCUUUGCUAGCGUUGUUCGGUACGUAACUGCUGAGCUAUACCGUCCUACGCCUGAGAAAAAUGUACAUGAAAGCAAGGUAGCACGGGGCCGAUGGACUAAAUGCAAUACAGCGGAGGCAAACAUGCUCCCAAUCAGCCAAGACAUGCCCAACGAGCUAAGUGUCUGCUGUAGGCAGCACUUUAUCCCCCCUAAAACGAUGCUGAAGUGGAUCGAAGCACUUCGUCUCUUUUUGCAACGAUUGGCUCCGGUUGUUUGUAAUCGCACGUUGGACUUAGUUCCGGAUACUGAACUCAUACGACUAGAGGAUCUUGUUUAUCAUGUGCUUUUCGUGGCCCCACAUCGAUCUGUAACAAGGGACGUGUACCUCUGGUAUACUAACUACAUAACUGACUGCGCUCUGCAUACCUAUCGUUGCUUGUGGAAUCGACUCGAAUCUCAACGCACAGUCACAGCUAAGCGUUUUUUCUCACGAAUGCUGCUCUCUAACUAUCUCACACUGCGAACCCUGGUGUGUCUCGAUGGCAAUAAGCUGCUGCCGUUGACUGUGGCAAUUCUAAGUGCUGCUCAGUCAGUGCCAAUUGAUACCAAUGCAUCUGGUUCCCACCUCACAGUCUGUCUUCAAAGCCAAUGCGACUUGUGGGCUGACUGUUUGUUGAAUCAACUAAUUUUCGAGCACGAAAAAGAUGAGAAGCCACUCCAAACCAUUACUUGGAGCAUACUGACCUUGUUUCUAGAGGAUCUAGUGAAACUCAUUGGAGCACCGGACUGGCCAGCUGCCGAUAUGCUUCUUCGCUCAUGUGUGCUUUCCCUCAUAAAAGCGUUUUUUGGAAACACUAUUCGCCGGAAAAGUACUAAAAGCAACAAGCUUGCUUCCUCCAACAUUACUGUGCAUACCACUGCUGCCAUUGACGUUAUUGCAGAAGUGACGCUAAAACUUUUUCAUCCGACGAUAACUGAUCUGUCUUCAGUGCUUCAGUCCCAAAAGCUACAAGGAGCGGAAACUCUCAACGGAAUGAUGAACAAGACUCUUUUGGAAUACUGGGCUAAUGCGAUGCAACAAUGUACAACAAAAGGCAAGUCUGUUAAAACACACGAAAAUUCAGGUCCAUCGCGGCACCAACGUGGCGCCGUAAACAGCAAAACACGUAAAACUUAUGAACUAGAUACAAAGGAAUGUGAUACAGCUUCAACCAGUGGGCAAAAUUCCGAACAUCUCGUGUCGAAGGAUGAAAAUCUUGUAAUAUCCAUCACAAACCAAAUUCGACGGUUAAUUUAUUAUGCACUUUCUCAUUAUGUAGAAACAACCUCGGAAGCGGAUGAGGCUUCGCUAUGGUUUCACGCACGCGCCGUCCACGUGUUAGGUUGGCAUCUAAACAACACCACGCCUUUACCGACGAGCGCGUUAGAUCAACUGAUCCAGGCCAAGGCAGUACCAUGUGCGGGCGUACGCGUCGAUUUAGCUGAACUUCAUCAUUGGGGGCGUACGUUGCGCGCACAUGAAGAUGAAUCGAUGCUUAACGUAAACUCGCGGCUAAUGCUCGUCUCUCUUCUACUGAAUGUUCUACAUGUCAAAGAUGAUCACGGACAGGAAACAUUGAUAGCCUCAGACGCAGUCGCCAAGAAAAGUCUACAUCACCUUUCGCGUAUCGCUGAGAUGUGUCCGUCGGUAUCUCGGUUAUUAUGGCCUGUUGCACGACGAUGUGCUCGAGAGAACUGCGUAUACAUGCGCGAAUUGAGUGUGUCGCUGCUGCUGACAAUGGUAAGGAGUGUGCUAACUGCUUCCGCUGGGGUAAGCACUCUGUCUAUGGAAGAGAAUAAUCUUACCACCGACGCUGUCAGUCUUCUGCUUCGGCUAUUAGAAGACAAAAGCGUAACGGUGGUGUCGCGCGCCAUAGUGGCUCUUGAAACGUUGGUAACGAAUCGCCUGUAUGCUAGUCUACUGGAUUCAACCCCAGGCAAAGAGCUCUUUGGCUUCAUCCAAUAUAGGCUGCUGUUAAAAGUAAAGAAUCCGAAACAUACCACCGAAAUCAUUAGGCUUUUUUGCAAGCGUUGGGUACUCGAAUUCUCGGCGAACGAAGAUAUGGUUUCCACAGCGAUGGGUAUGAUGCAUCAUAUCCGUCUCACUUCUGAGCUUCUUGCCCUUGUUUUGAGGAGUGCCCCUGAGUAUCCGUUUGAGGUGCAAGACGAUCAUCCUCUUAUCCAUCUGCUGCAUGGUUUAAGGCAGCUUGAAGCCACAGCGCCAUUGUUAGAGACUGCAGAAAUUACUGGAAUCGUGCGAGAGCUGCAGAAAAGUAGCGGGGGAGAUAUACAGCAUAUCAUGCGAAAUGUAGCGCGAAGUCUAUGGAAUAGGCAACAAACUGCAACCACAGCCAAAGAAAGUGUUCUCUGUAUGGCAACCCUUCGCGUGCUCGCAGUUGUGGCAAACGAGUGGAUUGAUCCAUUAAUAGAUAUCAUUGUGUCUGGGCUGGAAGAUCCCUUGACUUCCACACCUCUUUCCUUGAAGGACCAGCUAUCUAAAAGAGGGAAUGAAUGGCUCGGUGGUGUGCUUCUGCAAACUUGCCAUAUUAUCAAAGCGGUGCUCUCAUCCCCCAAGGUCCCAACUAUAUCCCUUGAGGACCUCGCCCGCUCUUUGACAAAACUAUUGUCUAAGUACACAGGACCAUAUCAACAGCGCAUCAUCGCGUCUUCAUGUGGUGCGCUUUCCUCAAUGAUCACCUGUGGUGCUAAGCACAAGCUCUCUUCUUACAUCAACCAAAACUACUUACGAGUCUGCUAUUCACUUAUGAACUUGUACUAUAUGCGCGUAAAAGGCCUGCUGCCGGAGCUGAUGAACCAACUUCAAAACAUUGCCUACAUACAGCGCUUUUUGUUUCUCCUUUCAGAACUGUUAAGGUCAUACCCUGGAUGGCGCACACCUCAUCCUGUGCUGUACCAAGAUGCCGCGGCAUCAUCCGGGAGCACUGUCCCUAAUAUGUUAGUCAAGGGUGGCGGUAUUUGUGAAAACAUCUACAAACUGGUCGUGGAGGUCCGCACCCAAUGCGACAAGGAUACUCGUUCACGGCUAAACGUGAUUACGCUUCGUGUGCUAGCAUCAUUAUGUAUGCUGCAGCCUAUUGAAUUUUUGCAUCGGUGUGAAGCCUAUCUUAUGGAAGCGCUCACUGACCCGACUGAUGUGACUCACCAAACGCAAGGCCUCAGUUUCAUACUAGAUUUCUUGGCCGAUGAAGACGCUAGGGUUGAUUGCGCUUCACGUCUGGGAUCAAAAAUGAGCCCAGAUGCUUCUGUAUUAUUUGAUCAAGAUUCGGAAAAAAGUGACAGGGAGGGUGGUGCGCAUGUGAAGUCACGAGGCCGUCAUCCCCCCAGAGGUAUUAAAAGAACUCGUGUUGCUAUGGCGUCUGCACAGGAUGCUCUUAGCCUACCAGAGCAGAGCAGCGGCAUGGCCACCUGGGUCAUACAACAAUUUCAUUCACAUAUCAUUGAGCGGUGCAAAACCCAGCACGUUACGAUUCGCAAACUGUGUUUGGACAUACUACAGUUGACCUCGCAGGGUAGGCUUUUGCCGCCGGUUAAGUAUCUCCACGCAGUGAUCGCACUGGCGGCGGAUGUCGACCCUGGGCUUCGGCAGAGCUCGGUGCAGUUUUUACUCACGUAUCAUGAUCAGCACGAAGACAUUGCAUCGCUCGCAAGUCGCGGAAUAGAAUUGACAUACGAUAUUCAUCACUUGUGUGGUGUUAACCUUAUUCAGAGUGCGGCCACCUUCAGCGACGGCGCAGCUGUAGGACAAAGCAUACACGCCCCACUCUUCACACUGAUGCACAAGCCCUCUCGGGACGGGGUUAUCGUGUCCCUGCUGAGGUACUUUUACAAUGAAUCCAAAGCAGAGGCGUGGGUAAGUGGAAAUGAUAAUAAGGUAUCUGGGAGGCCUAUCGAGGAUAUGUUUUGUGUUUCGAACCCCAUUACCUUCCUGGGACAUCUGGCAGUGGUUAUUGCCACACUACCAUUUAGCUCUGAAAGCGAUAUUUUGCAUCUGGCACAGCGCUGCCGCACUGGUAUCGACCUACACGGCGAAAGUGCGCUAGAUCAGGUCUCAUCCUUGCUCACAACCUACCGGGAGACGAAAAGUGGAAGUGCACAAGUGGGUGACAUUAAGCAACCUCUUAUGGAUAUUGUAUCUCUCUGGAAAUGUGUGGGUAUGGUGCUUCUUGUAUAUAUUUACCGCGCUGUGUGCACGGAACACCGACUGAAGUCAUUCAAACUGCAUAAUUCCGCCCUACGGGGCAACCUCUUGCAUACUUCACUUUACCAACAAGAUCACAAAAACAAUAAAGUUGGAGUAUUCCAUCUUAGUGUGAAAACAUUGACACGCCAUGCCAGUACUCUCCUUCCCCUAUGCAGCGGACUUAACAUCGUCCAUGAACAUGGUAAAGUAGUCAACGGAAAGGAACAAAGAAAGAGUGCGUCUGCACUAUUGGUGGUUUCAUCCAAAGAAGCAGAAGAAGCUUUAGUGUUUCUAUGUCAAGAACUUGAAAGCGGGAUACUUGAAGAAGGCAUCGGUGGCGUCGAGCGCGGAUGUAGUACCACACUGUCAGCAGGUGCAUGCCAGCGGUACACGAAGAAACGAAUACGUGUAACCACAGGCAGGCACAAGCGGUACGUGCCGCGACAGAAGGAAAAUUUGAGCACACAAGAUGACACUUUCAGUAGCAGUCACUCAACUCAUUCAUCUUCAUCAGUCUCAGAAGGAGAUGAUGAUACUACUGAAGAGGAUAGCGAAACUACUGCUUCCUCAGUAAGUAUGUCAGCAGUGAAAGAGUGUGAUGCAGACUAA